CAGCAUUUUGUGUCUUAAUAACAUUGAACGCAGCACGGUGCUUGUUGGCUGCACACAACGGCCGCCGCUUUUUGUCGCCAGUCCCAUUUGGCCGCUGCCGUGUCCUUGUCCUCUGACGUUACUCUUUAACUUGAUCCGCGUCCGGCUGAUUCAGGGAUUCCGAGGCACUCAGUCCUAUUCAGUGAUGUCUGCUCUGCAAUAACGUGCCUUUUGAAAGAUAAUCUGCAGAGCUCAUCUAUCCUCCUGCCAAGAAAAGGUCAUAGUGUUUGUGGGGAGUCCAGAACAUCCACGUCCUGCGCCUACUGAAGAUUCAUAACUGAGGAGAAAUGCCGGCUGCCAUCGGUGGCCCACAGGGCUAUACUCCUCCAGAGGGUGGUUGGGGCUGGAUGGUGGUGCUUGGAGCCUUCAUCUCUAUUGGCUUUUCUUAUGCAUUCCCGAAGUCCAUCACGGUCUUCUUCAAAGAAAUCGAGGCUAUCUUCGAUGUGUCGAGCAGCCAGGUGUCCUGGAUCUCCUCCAUAAUGUUGGCAGUCAUGUAUGGUGGAGGGCCCAUCAGCAGCAUCCUGGUUAAUAAAUAUGGGAGUCGGCCUGUUAUGAUGGCAGGGGGAUGCUUGUCUGGAAUCGGCCUUGUUGCCUCCUCUUUCUGCAACAGCGUUGAAGGACUGUACUUUUGCAUUGGUGUUCUGGGAGGCUUGGGAUUGGCCUUUAACCUGAACCCUGCCCUCACUAUGAUUGGAAAAUACUUCUACAAGAAGCGACCUAUUGCUAAUGGGCUUGCCAUGGCUGGGAGUCCUGUCUUUCUCUCCACCUUGGCUCCUUUUAACACUUGGCUGUUUGACCAGUUCGGGUGGAGAGGAAGUUUUUUGAUCCUGGGUGGCCUGCUCCUCAACUGCUGUGUUGCUGGUUCCCUUAUGCGACCAAUAGGACCAAAACCCAAACCUGUGGAGAAGUCCACUGAGAGAAGAACUGCUCUGCAGACCAUCAACAGCUUCAUUGACCUCACUUUGUUUAAGCACCGUGGAUUUCUGCUCUACCUUAUUGGCAAUGUUGUCAUGUUUUUUGGUCUUUUUACACCUUUGGUGUUCCUCUCAAAUUAUGCCAAGAGUAAAGACAUUCCCAAAGAGAAGGCAGCUUUUUUGCUCUCUAUUCUAGCUUUUGUUGACAUGUUUGCCCGGCCCUCAAUGGGCAUGGUGGCCAACACCAAGUGGGUCCGCCCCAGAAUCCAGUACUUCUUUGCUGCCUCUGUGCUGUACAAUGGUUUGUGUCAUGUUCUAGCUCCAAUUUCAGUUGACUACACAGGUUUUAUUAUUUAUGCUAUCUUCUUCGGAUUUGCUUUUGGCUGGCUGAGCUCAGUGCUUUUCGAAACCUUGAUGGAUCUAGUUGGAACCCAGCGCUUCUCAAGUGCUGUUGGAUUGGUCACUAUUGUUGAGUGUGGUCCCGUAUUAUUGGGGCCCCCAUUGCUUGGAAAAUUCAAAGACAUCUACAAUGACUACAGGUACACAUACCAGAGCUGUGGGGUCAUCCUCCUCGUCGCCAGUGUCUUCCUGUUUGCGGGAAUGGGACUCAACUAUCGACUGUUGGCCAAAGAGAAAAAAGAGGAGGAGAGACUGGGCAGGGUUGGAGUUAGAGAACAAACGUCCAACAAGGACAGUUCAGCCAAAGAUGUGUCAGAGGCUAGGAACACAGAGGACUCUGUCUAAUGCUCCGUACUGUGCCAGUUGUACAGUUUUCAGUGAAGUGUCUUCUUGAUAACUGGAUUGCUGUUUGAAAUUGUUAACAUUGUCAUCUUUUUAAUGAUGUGUUGCUUUUGAAGACUCAUUUAAAAUCCUGGAUUCUGUUGCAAUUCAGUGUAGUUUCACAUUUAUUAGAACUCUUUAAACCUUAAAAAGCAAUCCACAUAAAAUACCUCUUACAUUUGCACCGAGACAUUUAAAUUUCUAUGAGUAGGUUAGGUAAGAUCAACUAAAAAACUCCUUUAAAUUUCCAGAAGUAUAUUAUAUAUAAUGUUUUUAACCUUUUGAAUGUUUUACUUUUUUUUUUUUUUUUUUUCUUUUUUGUUCAGCUAACAAGUUGUCAUUUUGAAUUAUUGGUUCACCAAAACCUCUGCACAACUUUCUGUGCCAACAUAAUGGGAAAAUGGUCCACUGACUGCAACUUGAUCAAUUCUGUAUAUGGAAGUUAUGUUGGAUAGAAAUAAAUUACCAUUGAGGGAAAAAAAUUCAAAUGUUCACUGUGUUGGAUUCCCAUAAAACUCAUGCAUGGAAAGGAUACCUCUUUAAAGAUGGAAACCUUAUUCUUUUUUUUAUUACUUGAGCCAAAUCUUAUUUAGGUUUAGGGUGUUAAGUUAAAUAUUAACAACAAAUAAUAAUUGUAUAAAAGC